AUGGCUUCCCAGGUUCCCUCGUGGGUGAUAGAGGAGUUGAAGUUACUCUUCACGGGUAAAGACCAGGUUAUUAGUCCACAUAGCUCCGGCUAUGAUAGAGCUCUGCAACGGUGGUCUGAUCUUGCCAUUCAACGAGCUGGAGUGGUCAUCUUUCCUGAAAGUGCACAAGAUGUUUCCAAGGCUGUUCACUUUUCCCAACAACAUAACAUAGACCUGGCGGUCAAAGGGGGUGGUCACACCCCUGAUGGUGGAAACUCCAGCGAUGGGGGUAUCACCCUUGACCUUGGGAGAAUGAAGAAAGUCUCCGUUCAUUCUGACACCAACACUGUUACUGUUCAAGGCGGCGCACUGUGGGCAGACGUACACCAUGCUACCGCUGGAACUGACCUUAUAGUGGCCAGCAGCACAGUCAGUUCUACCGGAGUCGGUGGUGUGACGCUCCAGGGAGGAUACGGGUAUUUGAUGUGUGCACAUGGAUUGAUUAUUGACAAUCUUCUGUCUGCACAGGUAAUUAUUGCGGGUGGACAAUUACUAACCGCCUCGGAGAGCGAGAAUUCGGAUCUCUUCUGGGCGAUUCGAGGGGCUGGUCAAAAUUUUGGUGUUGUGGUGGAAUUCACCUUUCAGGCCCACAAACGGCCCGGCGAUGUAUUUGCUGGGUCGCUUGUGUUCACAGCUGAAAAGAUGGCAACUAUCCUCGAAUCACUCAAUGCGGCACUCAAGUAUAAAGAUGGGAAAGCUGCUGCCCAGUGCAUAAUCUCCCAGCCUCCCAACUCUAAAGAACUGUUGGUGACCGUUGGGAUCUUUUACAAUGGCCCAGAAAGUGAGUGCAGGGAGAGGUUUAUUGACAUCUUCAAUAUGGAGACUGUUAGCGCCGACGUUAAAAUGAUGCCGUACGAAGAGGCCAACACCUUGUUUGACUCGGUCAGUCCUCCUGGCGGCCGUAAAAGGGUGAUCGGAUUGGAGUUCGCCUCUCCCAUCAGGCCAGAGUUUGCGCAGAAGGUAUUCGAUGAGCUCAAGCUCAAGUUCGAGGCUGAACCAGAUUUGAUUCGGUCCUACAUAGAUGUGGAAUUCUGGGAGAUGUCCAAAGUCUGCCAGGUGCCGACUCAGGCGACUGCGUUUCCAAGCCGAGUGAUGACCCAGAAAGGAGCACUUACGCUUCAAUAUACAAACCCCGACAAAGACGAGGAGUAUCUUCAAUGGGCAACCAAGAUGCAAAUGAUAUUUCAAGAUGAGUUCAAGCGAGCUGGUUAUAAACCAAAUACGUUUGUGUCAAAUUUUACCUACUAUACAAAGCCCUCCAGUAAAAGAUCAGCCUCGGACAUGUUUGGAGUAAACGGGCCGAGAUUGGUUGAGCUCAAGAAGAAAUACGAUCCGCAAGGGUUUUUCAACAAACUGAAUCCUAUAAUCACAUAG